CGUGCAACCUGCGAGAGUUGAUGCUUGCCGCCGCCAUCAAGCGGCACGUACUUUGCAAGACCCGAGCGGCGAUGAACAACCAGCUCGAGACACAGAACCUCGAGGAGCUCGACGAGUUCGACUACGACCCCGACUUCUUCAACGGCAUCUUCCCCAAGCAGGACACGAGCACAUCGACGAUCCACGUGCCGCGACCACCGACGUACCCCGAGUCGCCGUCACUCGCAGGCUACACGUCUGAAGAAAGCGACUACUCAGCGACGACGACAACGACCUCGGACGCCGGUCGCUGGAGCCCGUCCUCGACCGCAUCCUCGACCACGAGCAGCAACCCGGCGAGCCAGCGGCCGCACCAGACCAUGAACGACGGCAUGAUGACCAACGGCAAGACAUCGCUGUACCGCGGCGUGACGCGCACGAGCAAGACCGCGUGGGGCGCCAAGUACUCGUCGAAGCGCAUCAUCAACACGUGCCGGACACAGGAAGAGGCCGCGCGCGCCUACGACGCGUACCUCAAGGAGAACGUGCCGGAGAAGUACGUCAAGUACGCCAACUUUUGCCCGAGCUGCGACCAGUACACCAACUCGCUCGGGCUUGCGUGGACGAAGAAGGCGUGCAAGUGCAAUGACGUGGCGCCGCGGCUCGUCGUGCCCGUGAGCUACGAGAUCAAGGACGAGACGGAUGGCGAGGCUGACCCGAGCAACCAAGCCCUUGAAGACUUCAUGACGGACGAUGACUUUACCUUUGCUGAGCGCCACGAGCCCAAGCAACCCAUUGCCACGAUGGGCCGCGUUCCGUACCUCUCCAUGUCGUCGUUCGAGGUCCAGCAACACAUGGAGGACGACGAGUCGAUCGCGAUCAAGGAAGAGGCCGAGCCCGUCCCGAUCUACCACAUGUCGUCGUCAUCGCUGCCCGACGACGACGUGCUCUCGACGCUGCUCAAUGCGACCGCCAACGCCGCCGGCAAGACGCUCUCGCCCAUGCAUUUGGACAACCCGCAGCUCUUUGAGACGCUGUCGCAUUCGCUCGAGGCGCGCGACUCGCUCUCCCGGCUGCUGCAUGCGAGCUCGUCGUUUGAGCUCCUCGAUACGUUCCAGAACGGCGGCGGGCAGCUCUCGGAGUUUGACCCGCAGGUCAGCGUCGUGCUUGAGACGGUCUUUCUGCGCAAGUACUUUCGCAACGACCGGAAGAACCUCCAGUGCUUUCCGUACUGCCGCGAGCACGGCAACUACUACGAAGCCAAGAUGCACGGCCUCGAACACGCGGGCAAGGGCGUGUGCCGCGCGCCGGUCAAGGUCCGCGUGUCGCACCCGACGCCGCCCACGCACCUCCUCGUGCUGGCGCGCUGCCAGACCGUUGCCAAGCCCGUCGAUGUGGACGCGCCGCUGUCCCUCUCGAGCGCCGGUGUCCAUGCGCUCCAGCAGUCGUGGACGCUCGGCGCGACGAGCGACAUGACGCAGGCGACGACCCAUGUCUAUUUUCUGCCCGAAGUCUGGAAGUUUGAUGCGGAGCUGCCCAAGAAGCGCCGCGUCGACGACAACGACAGCGACGACCUCAACUAUGUCGUGCAGAUUGUGGUCUACACGUCCUCGGACGGCGUGGCCUUUGAACGGUCGGCGGCGGUCACUUCGAAUCGGUUCGACAUUCAAAGCACGCGGACCUUGCUGCGGCAAAAGCAAAAGAAGGACGACGAAGACGUCUUGUACUUGCUCGGCGUGCCCGAGAAGAAGAAGCAGCGCAUCAACGUGGCCAAGUUUGAGCGCCAAGUGUCGAGCAUCGUGCUGGAGACGCCGGUCGACCUCAACAAGAUCAAGUGGGCCGAGGCCGGCGAGUCGUUCGAGGACCUCAACGACGACGACUUUAACGACGAAGACGAAGCGGCGAUGGACCACACGCCCGAGAAGGACAAUGUCGUUGUCCCUGUCGCGCCGACGUCGACCACGGUGCUCUCGGCCUCGUCCUCAUCAUCGUCCAGCAGCAGCAACAACAACGGAGUGCUGCCGCCCGUGACGUACACGCGUCUGGCGUCGCCCAAGACGGCGCCCGUGGCUGCGUCGGCCGUCCCGCGCGAUCUCCCGCCUCACUUGGUUGCGGACAAGGCCCCGGUAGCCGACGACGAGGCGUGGAAAGCGCAGUUCGCGCCGGUUCUCCUGGCCUACGGCGCUAUCAACAUCCCCGUGAGCCUCGCGUUCCUCGUGGUGCACAUCCUCCUCUUGCCCGUGUCGCUUGUCGCGCUCCAGAGCGCGCUCCAGCUCGCGGAUGGCGUGGCUGACAUGGACUUGUAUUUUGCCAACUCGCUCAGUCCGCGCGAGGCCGGCCAUGCGCUUUUGGACCGCAUCGAGUCGCGGGCCGGCAUGGCGCGCCGCCACGUGUACUUUAUCUUGCUGAAGACGCCGCUGAACCUUCUCGGGUUUGUCUGCUGCCUCGUCCUCAACGUGCUUGCGCUCGUGUUGAUCGUGGUGCCGCCGAUCUCGCGCGUCUGCCGACGCGGUGCGAAUGCGUCUGGUAUGCUCGCGGUGAACGCGUCCAAGUCCAACUGCGGACAAGACCGGCUGCGGCAGCCCGAGCGGGCGGUCUAGUCGCGAAACAGUGUCUUCUUUAUAUAUUAACACAGAGAUUGAGUUUAUUUUCCAAGCCG